ACACUUGCAGAACUAAACUCACUCUUUCUCUCUCAGCUGGACUGGGAAAGUAAUGGUGGUCUGGUGAAGAAACUGCCUGCUAUCCGUGAGGAUGAGGAGAAUGAUGAAGAGCAGAACUCUGUGUCAAGGGCCCCACGUUCACCUCUUCGUCUGACCAGGGCCCUCAGCUCCCCCUUGCGAUCACCCCUCCUUCCCCCCCGACCCUUCCGUGCUCCAUCUGAGAGCAUGCGACCCGCCACCCUCCAGAUCCCUGUGGUCAGUUUCAGCAGCGCCCCUCCAGAACUCAGCCCCAGGUUCGUGGACGGCAUAGAAACAGAAAGCAAUUCCAGCUCAACACAAAGGUUUGAGUUCGGUCCCAGCCUACCUCAGAGUGGCCCUCCAUCCCCUUCCCCAGUGAGCCAAGAGCAGCUGGAGUCAAAGCAGAGCAUCACCAAACUGAGUGAGGAGAUGACUAGUCUAUCCCAGCAAGUCUCUCAGCUGAGCAAAGAGCUACAGGAAAUGACACGUCUCCUCCGGCCCAUACUUGUCAUGGGAUCUCAAACCCUCCUGACUGCCCUCAGUCCAACAAUGCCUCAGUCUCCCAGCAGUUGCAGUGGUCCAACAAUACCCACGCCACCAGCUCCUUCACCCACAGCCUCACCAUCCACGCCACUCAGGCCAACUUGCUCCCUAUUGGACAGCGCAGACACCGGGAGCAUUGGCUUACCCAGUUGUCUCCUACCCACCAGCCCACCACUGAGACCCCAUGCACAGGUUCAGGUGUCUCCAACAGGCUGUUCGAGAGGGCCUUCCCUGCCAGUCCUCAUUUCUCCAGUGACAGCCCAAACUGAGGGGCCUGGCACCCAGGCAGCUCCAAACCAGCCACCACAAGCCAAUCAGCCCCCUUCUCCAUCUUUAACCUUUUCAUACUCACUGCCAUCUUUCCGCUCCCAGUCUUCUUCCUGCUCCCCCUGCCAGGGGCCUCACCGACCUGCCAGUCACAGCAGAGGUUUGCUACCUCAGCCCCCCUCACUGGACAACCCAAAUCCACCACUCUCACAUUGCUCGGCCCCACCCUCAAUCAAUAACUCCCCAGGAGACCAAAGGGUGGGUUUCAGCCAGUUCCCCUCGUCCCCUUCCUCCUCUCGCAUCCAGCCACGGGCAUGCACUCCUCCUUCUUCUUCUUGUCCACACACAUCUCCACCCUUGCCCUGCUCUCUGGACUCCCUGCCAGAAACACAGGCCUCUUUUGGCCCUUCAUGGUUGCCGCAGAACACCGUCCCGGGACCUCCCCAGUUAGAGAUUGAAAUGCAAGAGUGGGCAGCAACAGCAGGGAGGCCCAGCACAGAGCAUAUCAGCUUCAUAGAUGAAGAAGGACCACCACUGUGAGAGACUGAAUAAAGAUGACUAGCUGACUUAGCAAAUAAGGGAGUGGUGAACUGGGCUAACUGCAAUGUCCCCAACAAACCUCCAUACCGAAUUGAUUGCUUUCCCAUUAGGAUGACACUCUUAUAACUACACAAGUUGUGGCUCUGUUCCAAAACUUAGUGAGCUGCCUAAUCAGACAGCUUAGUUAUCCCAUGCUCCAAAAGUAGACAUCUAAAUGGGUUAUCUUUAAAGGUACAUUGUUUGGCCAGAAUUUCAGAUCGCAGUGUGAGCUAGUUACAAAUGCAACCCAGGAUUGUCCCACCCGUUAAAUUGCUAAAACCACACAAGAAACACAUGCUACAUGAAUGCCAUCUAUUCUUCAUAGAUAGAACCAUUUUGACUGUUUGCACAUUAUGUUGCAGCGGUCUGAUGAAGCUUUUAGGUUGAGGUUAAAUUGUAAUUCCAAGGUCUAGAGCAGGGGUGCCCAAACCCGGUCCUGGAGGGCUGAUAUCCUGCAUAUUUAGUGCUAACCCCAAUUAGACCCAUCUGAAACAGCUAAUCAAAGUCUUUUAAGGUGUACUAAAACAUGGGUGUCCAAACUCAGUCCUGGAGGGCCGGUGUCCUGUUGAGUUUAACUUACCUCAGCACACCUGCCAGGAAGUUUCUAGUAUAUCUAGUAAGAGCUUGAUUAGCAGGUUCAGGUGUGUUUGAUUAGGGUU